ACUUCUCCAUUGGCAUUUCCGACACUUCUUCUUCCUCCUCCUCCUUUUCCCCCGCCCCUGUAGAGAGAGAGAGAGAGAGAGAGAGAUGGGGAACAUCUGCGGCGGCUCCGGGAAGGCUCAUGUGGCGGUGGAUUACAGGUCAUCCAGCCCAGGGACAACAAUGACCUCCAAGACAAGCGGCAGCAUAACCACCAGCAACAGCACCACGGGGAAGCUCUCCUCCGUGGGCAGCAGCUUCAUGGCGUCCGCCGGCAGCUGCAGCACGAGCGGUGGAUUCGACGAGGGGAACAAAUAUCCCGAGGGCCAGAUCCUGGAGGCGCCAAACCUCCGGACUUUCACAUUCAUCGAGCUCAGGGCGGCUACCAAGAACUUCCGGCCGGACAGUGUCCUUGGUGAAGGGGGCUUUGGGAGGGUGUACAAAGGGUGGGUGGAUGAGAAGACGAUGAACCCGGCGAGGAGCGGCACCGGCAUGGUUGUUGCGGUCAAGAAGCUCAACUCGGAGAGCAUGCAGGGGUAUGAGGAAUGGCAGUCGGAAAUAAACUUUCUAGGAAGGCUCUCGCAUCCGAACCUAGUCAAGCUCUUAGGCUACUGCUGGGAGGACAAGGAACUUCUUCUCGUGUAUGAAUUCAUGGCUAAAGGGAGCUUGGAAAACCAUCUUUUCAGGAGAGGAUGCGCCCCGCUGUCUUGGGAACUGAGGCUGAAGAUAGCCAUUGGUGCAGCUCGAGGACUUGCAUUCUUGCAUGCAUCAGAAAAGCAAGUUAUCUACCGUGACUUCAAAGCUUCUAACAUCCUUUUGGAUGCAAACUAUAAUGCAAAGCUUUCCGACUUUGGCCUUGCUAAGCUUGGACCAACUGGUAGCAACUCACAUAUCACAACUAGGGUGAUGGGCACAAAUGGAUAUGCAGCUCCAGAGUAUGUAGCUACUGGUCAUUUAUAUGUCAAGAGUGAUGUUUACGGUUUUGGAGUCGUGAUGUUGGAGAUGCUGUCCGGUCAGCGAGCGCUUGAUCCCAACCGUCCAAAUGGACAACUCAGCCUUGUCGACUGGGCGAAGCCCUACUUAGCUGACCGGAGAAAGCUUACCCGUCUCAUGGACCCCCGGUUUGAGGGUCAGUACAAUUCCAAACAAGCCCUUCAGGCGGCGCAGCUGACCCUGAAUUGCCUGGCCGGCGAGCCCAGGAGCAGGCCUUCAAUGAAAGAAGUCGUCGAGAAGCUUGAGCAGAUCGAAUCGAUGAAGAACCGGGCAAGGGAGGCAAGAGGGAGCGGUUCACCACGAGACCGCCACCAAGGUCGCAGCACGGUGCAGCAGAGGUCGUCACCUCACAGUGGUGCCCGCCGUGGGUCGAGGGCUAACGGCCAUGCCACGAAGGCGCGGUGAUCCUGGUGGUUGAAGCCGAUGACAAUCCUUCCUGUACAUGGCCUAAAUUUUUUGUCUGAUGUUCUUCAGUCUGUGAUGCCUGCUGCUGAUGUUGUUGUCACGAAGUUGGUCUUGUCCAAUCAUGAUUAGUGUAAAAUUAGCAACAAAGAGGAGUAGUUGCAAGUUGUAGCGAAUAGAAAUAGAGGGAGGGAAUAAUUCCUCAAAAUGUCUUCAGCUGGACCAUGAGUGCAUGAGUAUGAAUGUGAUGCUCCCUGAUUGAUUAUUCUUUGAA